AUGGGUUAUGCUCAAUUUUUUAUUGGUCCUACUGGUAGUGGCAAGUCAACUUAUUGCUCUAGCUUGUAUCAACACUAUGAUACUAUUCGGAGGACCAUGCACUUUUUUAAUCUUGAUCCUGCUGCAGAGCAUUUUGAUAAUCCGGUUUCUAUGGAUAUAAGGGAACUUAUUUCCUUGGAUGAUGUUAUGGAGGAACUUGUUCUAGGCCGUAAUGGUGGCCUUAUUUACUGCAUGGAGCUUCUUGAAGAGAAUCUUGAUGAUUGGUUGGCAGGAGGACUGGAUAACUAUUUGGAUGAUGACUAUCUUGUUUUUUAUUGCCCAGGGUUAUUCCAAAGUCUUUGAUGUCAAGACAUGUGAGUUUCAGAUAGAAUUAGUCUUAGAUUUUAUUUUACUAAUCUAAUAGACCAUACUAAUUGCUUUUUACUCAUUGUUUCAUGUAUCACAAGAGUGCAC